AUGAGCCACUUGUACUCAGUCGCUGAGCCACAGGCGUGGGGACUUGGGGCCAAUGACGUAGCGACAGCGUUCGGACCCUCUGUAGGCUCGAAGGCCCUCACCUUGGGGCAGGCCAUCAUGCUGGCCUUUGUGGUCGAAUGUGCCGGCGCAGUCAUCACGGGAAGGGACGUCGUUGAUUUGUACAACAAGAGCGGGAUGGUGCCCGGCGUCUUCGAUGGGCAACCGACAGAGCUGAUGCUGGGAAUGUGCUCCACCUUGGCUGGCACCCUCUUUUGUCUCGCCGUCAGCACCUCCCUCGGGUUGCCCAUUUCCACGGCCCACGCCAUAGUUGGGGGCAUCGUCGGCUUUACAGUCAUGGGAAAGGGAAUGGCCGGUGUUGAUUGGCGGCGCGUCGGGCGCAUCAUGCUCUCCACUGUCACCUCCCCGCUCCUUGAAGGACCCUGCAGCGCGGCCCACCAGGGACUGAUUGGCUCGACGUAUCGGGGGGCGGGGGCGGAGGACGGAUGUGCAGCGGCAGCGGUGUCGUUGGUGCUGUUCGUGGUGAUCCGGCUGUGCAUUCUACGCAGAGAGAAUUCCCUCAAGCACGGCUUUCGCGCGCUUCCCUUCUUCUACGGACUCACGGUCGCCUUCCUCGCCUACUUUUUCGUCUACAAAGCUUCUCCCGGGCUCGGCUGGGACAAGCAGUACACGCCCACGGUGAUCCUGGGCGUGUGCGGAGCGAUCGGGUUCGGUACGCUCUUUGUGGUCUGGCUUCUGGGCGUACCGCUCCUGUGGCAGUGGAUCGACAACAAAUACGACGAACAGGGCGAACUACGAAAACACUACUACAACAACAACAACAACAACAAGAGAAAGCGAACGAGCUUUGACGAAGACGCCUUUGAAGAAAUCCAGGCGUCCGAUGAAGGCCUCUCUCGAGCCCUCAUCAUCUGCUGCAUGCGCAUUCCUUUUUUCAGGGACUACGUGGUGUCCAAAUUCUUUGAACAUAAGAUGGCGCUGAAGGCUGCUUUGACGAAUGUGUACAACUCGCCAACAAGCACACGCAAGCAUGGCUACGCGUCGGACAUCAGCGAUGGAGAAGGCCUAGGGUCGUCCGACAGCGAUAACGACAUGAUGGCCGACCGACCCGAUUUCUUUAAGAAGCCGAUGUUCAUGGACCAACAACAGUCCAUGGAUCUCCACACCGUCCCCAUCUUGGACAGCACGGACGACGACAUGGAGGAACUGAUGGGCAAUGAGAGCGGGGAACCGGUCGAGGAUUGGGAAGAGGGGCAACGGAGGAAAAGAAACGAAGAGCUCUAUGCCCACAGCGAAGGAUUUGAUGCACGCACCGAGGAUCUGUUCUCGUUUUUGCAGAUUCUUUCCGCCAGUGUGUCAGGAUUCGCGCAUGGAUCCAUCGACAUCUCAAAUGCGUCCGCGCCGUUCGUCAUCAUACUGGCACUGUUCAACGACCUGGAGAAUGGCGGGGCUGGUCUGAUUGAGCAGGAGCCGUGGAUACUGGGCGUGGGUGCCGUGGCCAUAUUCUUCGGGUUGUCGAUAUGGGGCUACAAGAUCAUGGAGAGCAUCGGAUACAACUGCACCAUGGCCUUCUCCUUCCUCCUCUUCAACGAGGCCCAUUUCCAAAUUGCCCAUAUACAACGUUCGACCUCCCAGAUUACGCCAUCGCGAGGCUUCAACGUAGAUUUCGGCUCUUCCGUAGCUGCUGUUGUUGGGAGCAAGUUCCUGCUGCUGCACAUGAACUCGACGUAUUGUAUAGUGGGCUCGGUGUUCGGGGUGGGGCUGGCCAACGGAUUCAAGGCGAUCAACUGGCGAUUACUGCUGCGGAUGUGGCUGGUACCUCACCUCUCCCAUUGA